UGCGCAAAUUUUCCGACUUCAGGAACACUCUGCAUACCCACUAAUCAAAGGUGCAAAACAUAUACUGUGAAGAGCGGCGAUACGUGUGCCAAGAUUGCUGAUGCAAACAAGGUAGCAUGGGUUCAGAUCGUCUCUUGGAAUCCGGUGUUUGGUGAGGAUUGUACGAAGGUGAAGAGUUAUGUUGGGUAUCCAAUAUGUAUAUCUACUCCAGGGGGAGACUGGGUCAAUCCGAGCCCAGUGCCCAUUACUUCUGAGGCGACAACACCUCUUUCAAGCAUGCCAGGCACUGUUGCCAGUCUUCUUCCUCGUCCUACCAACACGGGCUUCAUCAACGGUAGCGAUGAAUGGCACUACACAUACGGAAACGGGACGCGCCUCGACUGUAUCACGUACGUCAAUGGUUCUGACUUUGGCGCCAGUGCAUCAUGUGCAGACGUCGCCAAGGAUGCCGGCGUGAAUGCCACAGACAUUGCAGAGUGGAAUCAGCUGAAUGAUCCUUGCAUGCUAAAUGGAAAUCUUACAUACUGCGUACAGCGCAUGAAACAGAAUUUCACAUCGAGUAUGACUCAAUACUGUAACCUUCAGGACACUGCUACAUACGGGAUGAGUUGUCAGCAGUUCGUAGCAUUGUGGGCGAUUGAUUCGAAGAGAUUGAAUGAUUGGAAUCCAGGGGUCGGACCUAAUUGUGAGAAUUGGAUGCCAGGACGUACCUACUGCGUGAUGGCGCGUCACUUCCGCCAACCCGGAAUUCUUGCGGCUUGUAGCAAGUUUGUCACGGCCAAUGAAACUGGCCGGCUCUCCAAUCCUUGCGGUCUCAUUGAACAAGCAAAUGGCAUUGCUCAUGGGCGCUUCGUUGCCUGGAACCCCGCGGUGUUCAACAACUGU